UUUCUCUAAAAAAAAAGAAGAGCAAAGCAAAUCAUAAUUCAUUCAUUUCUCGUCAUCCCACCCCACCACUCUCCAUAAAUUUUUUAAAUUCCUACUUCACCCCUCCAAAUCAACUUAACUACAAUCCAAAUUGUUCCACCAUCACCAUUAAAAACACUUUACAUGCAAUAUUGCAAUACCUUUGUGCAACAACAACUAGAGUGAAUCAAAUUAGAUUAUUGAUGUGGGUCUCAUACAACUUAAAUGGAUACAUUGUUUAGACUUGUCAGUUUUCAACCACACCAACAACAAGAAGAUCAAUCUCUCAACUCCACCACCAGCAGAACAACAACAUCAAGUAGCUCUCGAUCCUCAAAACAAAACUAUCACCAAUAUUACAAUCCACAAGAAGUUGAAGAAGAAUGCUUCAACUUUUUCAUGGAUGAAGAAGACCUUUCCUCAUCUUCUUCCAAACACUACUAUCCUUAUAAUCAACCUCAAACCUCAAAUACUAUUACUACAAACACCCCCACAACAUCACUCACACCCCCUCCACCAACAGCUGAUUUCACCUUCGAAUUAACCGGAAGGUGGGCCAACAACAUCCUCCUCGAAACAGCACGAGCCAUAGCAGAAAAAAACAGCACUCGUUUACAACAACUCAUGUGGAUGCUUAACGAACUAAGCUCCCCUUAUGGUGACAUAGAACAAAAACUAGCUGCAUAUUUUCUCCAAGCCUUAUUCUCUCGAAUGACCGAAGCCGGUACCCGAACCUUCCGAACCCUAGCUUCAGCAUCAGAAAAAACUUGCUCUUUCGAAUCAACAAGAAAAACGGUUCUAAAAUUCCAAGAAGUUAGUCCGUGGACAACCUUCGGCCAUGUCGCAUGCAAUGGCGCCAUUUUAGAAGCCUUCGAAGGUGAUUCCAAGCUGCACAUAAUUGAUAUUAGUAACACUUAUUGCACUCAGUGGCCAACUCUUUUUGAAGCGUUGGCCACUCGUGCUGACGAUACUCCUCACCUCCGUCUAACUACCAUCGUCACUGCUGGUGGUUCUGUUCAAAAAGUUAUGAAGGAAAUUGGUGCUAGAAUGGAAAAAUUCGCUAGACUCAUGGGAGUUCCAUUUAAAUUCAACGUUAUUCAUCACUCCGGCGAUCUUUCUGAUUUGAAUUUUUUGGAUUUAGAUAUUAAAGAAGAUGAAGCUUUAGCUGUUAAUUGUGUUAAUGCUUUGCAUUCAGUAACAGUUGGCAAUGGUAAUGGUAACGGUAAUAACCGUCGUGACUCGUUGAUAGCUUCGUUGAUCGCGUUGCGGCCUAGGAUAGUAACAAUGGUUGAAGAGGAGGCUGAUUUAAAUUUUGGUAAUGAAGGAUAUGAAUUUGUGAAUGGUUUUGAAGAGUGUUUAAGGUGGUUUAGGGUUUACUUUGAAGCAUUAGAAGAGAGUUUUCCGAAGACGAGUAACGAGCGUUUGAUGCUUGAAAGGGAAGCAGGGAGAGGGAUAGUUGAUUUGGUGGCAUGUGCUCCGGCGGAGUCGAUUGAACGGAGAGAAACUGCGGUGAGGUGGUCACGGCGUUUGCAUGGUCGAGGGUUUAAUACGGUGGCGUUUAGUGAGGAAGUUUGUGAUGAUGUUAGGGCUUUGUUGAGGAGGUAUAAGGAAGGGUGGUCGAUGAUACGGUGUAAUGAUGCCGGAAUAUUCUUGACGUGGAAGGAACAACCGGUGGUGUGGGCCAGUGCAUGGAGGCCUUGAUAGUCGCACGUGUUUAUCGUUCUUUUAGCACGUGCAAAACUAAGGGUUUGGGAAACUUCUUUUUUUUUUCACAUUAGUGAUGGGAUUUAUUUUUCAGUUUGGUAAGUAAGACCAAAGCAAAGACUUUGCAUGUAUUGAUUAUGAAAAGGAAUCAUGAACUAAUUUACUCUUUUUUAACUCAUA